AAGAAAAAGAAGAAGCUCAAAGGGCUCUAGUAUUGUUGGAAAAAAGUAUAAAAGCACACAAAUCAGAGAUAAAACCGCUUGAGAAUAAUGUUGAAAACUUGGAACUAGUGACUAGAAGACAACUUGAACAAAUAGUGAUCAAUGAAAGUCAAUAUAAGGAGUUGAGUGAGAGAUCAGAAAUGCAACAUGUGAAAAAUGUUAAGGAAAUAAAUAGCCUCAAGAAGACAAAUGGAGAACUGUUGGAGCAGUUAAACAGUUUAAGAAAUACUAUGGAAACAACAACAUUUUCUUCAACAUUAUUUGAUUCACAAGUUUUAAAAGAUAAGAACGAACAAUUACGAAGGCAACUCAAUUAUUACCAAUUACAAGCAUUAAUACAAGAAAAAG